AUGACCCGCAUCGAGCUUGGCCCUCCUGUGAACGCGAUGGUUGGCACUCGCGACAGCGCGCCAGGCGGUACGCGCAGGAGCAACCCAAAAAAGAGAGCAGCAGACAAAUCCCGAGUCAACCGAAUCCUCCAUGCCCUCGAACGCGAAGACGUCGACCUAGUCAACUCAAUGCUUGAAGAAUGCAACCUUCCCGACAUCUCCCGACUCGUACACGUGCUCAACCUGUCGAGGACGCAGCCGAAGACGUCCAUUUUCCAAGAGUUCAUCAGCGCAUUACCAAAACUGUGCAAGAUCAUUCUAGCUUUCGUUUUGCUAAAAAUGCUUCUCACAAUGCUCUUCGCAAUGCUACUUGCCGCCAGGGCCGAGAAGUUCCUGAACCGAACUUUUUGUUGA